AUGUUGCCUUCACUGCUGCUUCCUGCGGCCGCCGCUAUGGUCGGUGCAAGUGCUGCAGUUGCAGAUACUGCCAAUCUCGCCCCUCCAUUCGAUUGGUUCGCCAUCGUCCCCAGCGAGCAGCUCAAGUAUCAAAACUGCUACAAUGGCUUCAAGUGCGCUCGCCUGGUUGUCCCUCUCGACUGGAAAAAUCCCGAGGAUAAAAAUACCGUCGCCAUUGCUAUGAUCAAGCUGCCAGCUGUUGUUCCAGACAACGACCCGACCUUUGGCGGCACCAUCAUCUUCAAUCCCGGCGGCCCCGGCAUCUCUGGCGUCGAUGCCGCCCUCCAGGGAGCCAGGACGAUCCAGCAGAACCUCGCUGAUAAGCCUGGUGUUCGUCACUAUGAGAUCUUAUCCUUUGAUCCCCGCGGCGUUGGGAGAACAACCCCAGCCAGCGACUGUUUCCGCUCCGAUCCCCUUGGCCGCAUUACUUGGAUCGUCGACGAGCGUGCCAACGGUCCGCUCGUCUACCUCAAGCCCGCACAAUCCUACGGCCUGGGUCUCGCGAAAAACUUUGCCGAGCAAUGUAGACUCAAUGAGGAGUUCAAGGGGAGCAUGGAGUACGUCAACACUCCAAGCGUGGCCCGCGACAUGGUGGCGAUGAUUGACGAAAUCGACGAGCUGAGGCAGCGCGAGGAUGCUCAGAGGCAGCCCAAGCCACCAGGCCCUCAAGGAGAAGCCGAGAGAGAUGAAGAUGGAGAAGCUCGGGAGAGGCCUAAGACGCAGCUUCAUCAAAGAGGCAAGACAGAGAAUCAUGAAGAAGAUGAGAACAACCCCGUACCGCGGCUUCAGUAUAUCGGCUUCUCGUAUGGCACAAUCCUGGGCAACACUUUUGCAUCUAUGUUCCCAGGCCGCGUUGGACGCAUGGUCCUCGACGGCGUGCACAGCGCCAUGGAUUACUACUUUGAAGACACAAGCACCGCCCUCCAAGACACUGACGAGAUGUUUGAUACGUUCUUGCGGGGCUGCUUCGAUGCCAAUUACGCCAAAUGUCCCUUCCGCAUAUCCUACAAAGACGCCGAGGACGUCAAGAAGAAGUUCUGGGAUUGGAUCUUCCACCUCAAUUAUAACCCCGUUGAGGUGAACCCAGUCAAAGGCGGUAUCAAGGUCGUCAGAGGAUCCGACGUUCUCGCGGCUGUUGGCAGCGCCCUGUACAGCCCUAUGGAGAAGUUUCAGCCCCUUGCCUUGGGCCUCUACGAUGGCAUGAGCAUCGGUGACCUGAACCGCCUCGCGGCCAUCAUUGACGAGGACAGCCCCAAGAUUACGAUAGACGCCAGCUCGAACCCAUUGCAGCCCAAGUCCGAGCAAACAUGGGGCGUCACCUGCAGCGACGGCCCGGACUGGCGCGGCAGAGACGUCAACUUUUGGAAUAAGCACCUCCAGAAGCUGGAGAUGAAAUCGAGGCUCUUUGGCCCCUUCUGGGCCAGCGUCCGCUCCGCCUGCGCGAGUUGGCCGUACCGCCCCAACUGGGUGUUUGGCGGGCCCUUCAAGACGCCCACCCCCAGCUCCGAGCCGCUUUACACCUCGAAGCCCGCCGCGCCGAUACUCUUCCUCAGCAGCCGCUACGACCCAGUCGCGCCCCUCCAUGUCGCCCGCGCCAUGGCCAAGGAACAUCCCGACUCGGGCGUCUUGAUCCAUUGGUCCAUGGGACACACCACGGUGGGCGGCGGGCCGAGCCCGUGUACUUGGAAUGCCGUCCGCGAGUACUUUUACGAGGGCAAGGUCCAGGGGAAAGAAUUCUCUUGUCCCGCCGAGUGUGACCCGUGGGACGAUGAGUGCAAAGUUACGCUUGACAAGAGAGCCGAUGGAAAGGGGGAUAGCUGGGAUGUGUGGAAGAACAUGACUGCGGCGCUUCGACAGACUCUUCGACCAAGGCCGUGGGGGAUUGGAGGGCCAUAA